AUGGUGGACACUGUCUUGAACCAUCGAGCUGAGUUUGCCUUUGCUCAGCUUGAGAACGAGAGAUCUCUGACAUCUCUGCGCAACGAGCUAAGGGUAGCUCGUGUGGAUAUUGAACGGUCUCAGGAUGAGAUAACUGCUCUUCAGACCCUUGUCGAUAUCCACCAUCGGGAGCACAAGGCUCUCUGUGAGAUGCUUGAGCGCAAGGGCGUUCUUCAUCGAAAGAAGCAGCGUACUGAUGGUACGGCUUAA